CUUACACGUAUUCCCGCACUCUUCCAAGUACACCUUCGACAGCACAACCGCGACAGUCACAAUGGGCACCUCUACUUGGGACAGUGCUCCAGCUGGUGCCGUCGAAAAUUCCUGGAAGACCGACACCGGAUCGCCUGGCCGUCACGAAGCACUCUUCCAAGUAUACCUUUCCUCAUCCGACAACAGCGACAGUCACCAUGCGCAGCUCCACUUGGGAUAAUGCUCCACCUGAUCCUGUCGACAAUCCUUGCAUGACCGAACCCGGUUCUGGCGGCGAUGCUGGCGGCUGGCAGGCCGAUCGCAACAUCGGCGGCGACAACAUGGAUGGUGGCUUUUCUGCCGACAACGUGCCAAGCACGCCGACGCUCCUCACGAUGGCGGCUACCACAACUCUGGAGACGAAGGUCAUUUCGCGUAGGACUGCCCAAAGCCACGCAAGGAUGGCGGCAGUGCUGGCUUUUCCACCGACAACAUGUCCAAACACGCCGACGCUCCUUACGGUGGCGGCUACCACAACUGUGGAGACGAAGGUCAUUUCGCGCGGACUGCCCAAAGCUACGUAAGGAUGGCGGCAGCCUAGCCAGCGAGCGCUUCAACCACGGAGAGGUUCGCUACAACAAAGCCGACUGCCCUAACCUCCGCGUCGAGCGCGAGUUCACCGGUACUUACAUCACCGGUACGUACAACCAGUGCGGCGCGGAAGGCUACCGCAGGACGAGGAUGUACGAGAUGUUCAGGGCUUUGGGUAUUCAGGAUACCUCUCUAGGGAAGGGGUAGGCCGCGAUCGAGGCUGCUAACAAGAAGAAGGAUGUCGACGAUAUCAAGAAGGCUAUCUUCGCCUGCGCCAAGCCCAACCUAGCUCACUUAUGCCUUAAUAAUCUUGCUAUUAAGCACUUCCUUCG